AUGAUUAAAAUAAUUAUUCUAUUUUGUCUAUUUUCAAUGAUCUUUGGAUCACCAACUAUUGCUGAUGAACAACAAGUAGUUCCAAAGUCAAUUUAUAUCUACCGAUCCGGUGUAUUUGGACCAGCUACUGAAGUUACUUUUGGUAUUGAACAACACCUUGCCAACGGUCAAAGAAUAAGUGAUGACCUUUACUACCAAUUACUGAAUGCUCUAAAGAAUGAAUUCCAAUCAAUCCCUGACGGUGCAAAUUAUAGACCUGAAACUCCUAUUACUGAUCAACAUGAAUUCAGUGCCCAUUCAUAUCAACCCACCAAGAAAUUUAACUGGUCUCAAGCAGCCAAAAAAAGACCUCAUCUCCUCAUUCUUUUAGAAGAACUAGUUGAAAGAUAUGGUGUCUUGGCUUAA